AUGCUGCCCAAGCUGAGUGAUGAGGUGAUGUCCUUCCGCGUUGGCAGCUGUGCCGUUGUCCUGGCACGCAAGUACGUCUUCGCCUUGCUGGCCAUGACGUGCCUCAUUGGCGGCGUGCACUGGGUGAGGAGACCAUGGCCACAGGAAUCGAUGCGGCAGUUCGGGGAGAGGUCUCCGAUCUGCGAUUUCCUCAAGGACUGCGGCUUCAAAACGUACCUGGGCAAUCCGAUCCAUGUUACAGUGGCCUUCAAUGAGAAGUUCAAGAACAAAACCUUGCAGUGGCAAGGCGCGGUGCACCGAGUGGAGGAGGGCUUCAAUCUGCUCGGCUUCUCACAGCCCAGCGCCAUCUUCGCCCCUGCCCGAGCUGGCGCGCGGUAUUUGAGGGGAACGAGCGGGGAGAAAGGACUUAACCCCUGGUUUGUCUGA